AUGCGUCGUGCGUGCGCCCUGCUGCUGGGCAGGCUCCGCAUUGCGGGAGAAACCGCAACACAAAGCCGGAGCGCGCUGCGAGACGCGUCUGCGUGGGUCUGUCCGGGAGGAACGCGGCACCUGUUUUCUGGCCUCCACCCACCGACCCGCCGCUUGCUCCCGGCGGAGGCUGACGAGCAGCUGCGGAGGGCACGAGCGACAGGAUGGAGUGGUGAGGGUCGGGGCGAACGUGCGCGCUGUAUGUCGACCGCGGCGAGCGAAGAGGAGGCACCAUUGAGCAUGACCCCAAGUGCAGUCGAGAGGCUCAUGGAACUCACGCGGGGCGCGACUGACGAUCUGACGCUCCUCCGGCUUUCCGUGGAGUCCGGCGGUUGCUCAGGUUUCCAGUACAACUUCGAGCUCGAGAGCGAGGCAAACAUAUCUGACGAGGACAUCGUCGUCACGAUACAGGGGGUGAAGAUGGUGACUGACAUCGUGUCGUUGGAGCUCGUCCGCGGCGCCACCAUCGACUUCGAGGACUCGCUGAUUAGAUCUGCCUUUGUCGUGGCGUCCAACCCCCACGCCGAGUCCGCGUGCGGCUGCGGCGCGUCCUUCGUUGCCAAGUGA